CGUUUGAAGAUCGAGACGGUUCCAGGAACAGCAUCGACGACAGCCUUUGUCCCCUUGGAUGGGACAGUCAUGGUGUCCGCAACUCCGAUGCCAACUCUUUCUCUUGCACCUCCCCCACCACCACCGGCUUCUUCGGGGGGUGCAACUGGUGCUCCAACCGCCAUGAUGAUGUAUCCAGGGCUCUACAAUCCCACGGUAUUCGCCGUGGCUCCUGAUACAAUGGUGACGACUACCUUCCAACCUGAUACAACCGCGGUAUCAGCAGCGGCAGUAGCGGCAGCAGCAGCGGCAGCAGGGACGGUUGCAAUGCCAACACCUGCUGUAGCCGUCACUGCCACUGUAGGAACCGCUGGUGUUGUCCCUGCUCCUGUCGAUGGUGUAACAGAGACCUCGUCCGCAUCCAUCAUUCCCCCAAGCGCCGAUACGGCCAAUUCAGUUUUCACAUCUGCCUCAGAAUCACCCAAGAAGGAACGGGUUGAGGAGACCACUUCAACCGAAGCAGAUGUCUGUUGCCGCUGCCACCAAAGGGCGCCGGAGAAUGGAGACAAUAAAUUUCUAGUCUGCAGUGAUUGUGGACUAAAAGGUACCCUCUUUCUCCUUUGA